CCCCGCCCAGGCGGCGUCCGCCAUUUUGCGUCCCCCACAAGCUUCGGCCGCGGCUCCUCCAGGGCCCGGCCAUGGCGGCGGGCUCGGGGCUCGGGGGCUGUGGCCUCUGAGCCCCCCUUCAGGUUCCCUUUUUCUUCUUUUUUUCCCCCUUUUCCCGGUGGCGAUGGAGUUCGCGGAGCUGAUCAAGACGCCUCGGGCGGAUAACGCGGUGCUGCACGGCCCCCGGUGCCCGGCGGUGCGCGGCACCCUGUGCCUCACCGGGCACCACCUCAUCUUCUCGUCACGGCGCAAGGAGGGCGGCGAGGAGCUGUGGCUGCUGCACGCCAACAUCGACUGCGUGGAAAAGAGGUUUGUGGGCUCGCUGGGUACCAUCGUUAUAAAAUGCAAAGAUCUGCGAAUCAUUCAGCUGGAUAUCCCUGGCAUGGAGGAGUGCCUGAACAUCGCCAGCUCUAUCGAGGCGCUUUCCACGUUGGAUUCGAUCACCCUCAUGUACCCGUUCUUCUACCGGCCCAUGUUUGAAGUCGUUGAAGAUGGCUGGCGUUCUUACCUGCCUGAACAAGAGUUUGAGCUCCUCAGUUCGGUGACAGAUGAAUGGCGUCUGAGCUGUGCCAACAAGGAUUUCUCUGUCUGUCCCACCUACCCUCCCGUUGUUAUCGUCCCCAAAUGCAUCGAUGACGAAGCGCUCCGGAAGGUCGCACUGUUUCGCUAUGGCGGUCGUUUCCCAGUCCUCAGCUACUACCAUAAGAAGAACGGGAUGGUCAUGAUGCGAAGUAGCCAGCCUCUGACGGGUACAAAUGGCAGGCGGUGUAAAGAAGAUGAGAAGCUGAUUAACGCCACGCUGCGGCCUGGAAAGCGUGGCUACAUCAUCGAUACGAGGUCCCUGAACGUUGCCCAGCAGGCCAGGGCCAAAGGAGGGGGCUUUGAACAAGAAGUGUACUACCCCCAGUGGAGAAGGAUUCACAAGUGUAUUGAGAGGUUUAAUAUUCUGCAGGAAAGCCUCAUCAAACUCGUGGAAGCUUGUAAUGACCAGUCACACAACAUGGACCGCUGGCUCAGUAAGCUGGAAGCUUCCAACUGGCUGACUCACAUCAAGGAGAUAUUAACAGCAGCUUGUCUUGCCGCUCAGUGCAUUGACAGGGAAGGUGCGUCCGUGCUGGUUCAUGGGUCUGACGGAACGGAUUCGACACUCCAGGUGACUUCUUUGGCACAGAUCAUCUUGGAUCCAAGGUGCAGGACCAUACGUGGCUUUGAGGCUCUCGUUGUGAGGGAGUGGCUGCAGGCUGGCCAUCCUUUUCAGCUGCGUUGUGCCCAGUCAGCCUACUCGAACACAAAGCAGAAGUGGGAGGCCCCGGUGUUCCUCCUCUUUUUGGACUGUGUGUGGCAAAUCCUGCGUCAGUUCCCUUGCUCUUUCGAAUUCAACGAACAAUUCCUUAUUAUGCUCUUUGAACAUGCUUAUGCUUCGCAGUUCGGGACUUUCCUGGGAAACAACGAAAAUGAAAGGUCUAAGCUGAAGCUGACACAAAAGACCAUGUCCCUGUGGUCCUGGGUGAACCGGUCUGAAGAGCUGGCCAGAUUCAUGAACCCUCUUUUUGAGGCCAACAGCCUUGUCAUCUGGCCCUCUGUUGCCCCGCAGAGCCUGCAGCUCUGGGAAGGUGUCUUCCUUCGGUGGAACAGGCCUUCCAAAUUCCUCGAUGAAGCCCAGGAAGAAGUGCUCAACAUCAUAAACUACAACAGGGAACUUCAGGCAAAGGUGAACGCGUUGAGGAGGCAGCUGGCAGAGCUGGAAACGACUGACAGGAUGCAGGAGAACCUGUGAGCUGCCAGGGCUUUGCCUCAGGUCUUUCUUUUCCAGUUUCCUUUACGUUAAAAGACUAAACGUGGAAAGUGCAUGUAUUGCAAAGUCCUCUGGUACAGCUGACCCUGCCUUCCCGCUGCUGAAACCUUCACACUAUGUACCUCCCUGCUUUUGGGGAGGGAUUUUUUUUUGUUUACAGAAGAUGCACACAAGCGGGCAUAGUGUCCUCUCUCUUGGCAGCUUUUCUGUCUCUAAAUUGUGUUCAGUGUCAGUAUAAGCUGGAACUCAUUACCUCCACCCAACGGUAUGGAUGACCAGGAUGGGCCGAGAGAUGGGAUGUUUCAGACUUACUUUGGACUUCAUUUCCCUGAACUCUCCAAACACUCUUUGCGGGGUUAAAUGAUGAAUUUCUGUAUAGAUAGGGAAAGGCAUUCUGUCCGAAGGCACCUUUUCUCCUCAGGAGUAGGUAAGGCAGCUUAGUUCUUUAGUUCCCUAGGUAAUGGUAUAAUCUAACUACAAGCUCAACCAGUCUAUACAAUGUUUUCUGUAGCCUUCAUAUCUAACACUUGUUUGUUCCUUUUUUUUUUUUUGUGGCUUGGGAGCCGUAGGUUAAAUACCAAACCAGAGUAAGAAAUUGAGUGCAAUACAGGACCAAGGUGUAAGGAUUCUGCUGCUAAUGUUUAAGCCAUGACCUUCAGGUGGAAUUGUCCCUCGUGGACAAACACCUCCUAAGGAAUAACAAACUUUUUUUUUUUUUUUUUUUUUAAUUCUACCUGGAAAACACAAAGGUGAAGCGGUUGGUGGAGGUGUUCACUUGCUAAGCAAAACUGAUUUGAAGCUUUUCUUUUUGAACUACUGCCCUCUUGAAGCUUCUGACCGCACUGGCUGUUUCUGUACAUUUGAACAGGCUCACGGCAUUGCCAGGGUGCAUGAGCAACACUUAAUCUACAGCUCAACAAAGUAUUUGCACUCCAUUCAGUGCUUUUUUUUCUUUUUUUCUUUUUUUUUUUUUUAUACCUGUCUUAGACACAUUGUAAAACAUCAGAAGCAGGAGUUGGGAGUUAAUGUGACCUAACAUCCCAGGUUGCUGCUGCAGGUUGGAAGGCUGUCACACUACAGAAACACUCAUAGUGUAAAUCACUCGCAGGUGCUAAAACUGCCUAAAGAUGCUAGAGAGAACUUUUUAUUUUGUACCUACUUGUUCCUGUGACUGCAAUCUGCUAUGUUAAAAAGUUUGUGGGUUUUUGCUAGAGACUUUUUUCCUCCUUCAAAAAGGCAGGGAAGAAUGGUCUGGCAUUUUAACUCAUCUCAACGUUUGUUCAGCUCGAUCCUGUUGGCACAUGACUUGAAUUAAAACAGUGCGUGUGGCUGGAAUUGUUAUUACAAGUUGUUUGCCAUCAGCCUGAUUGGGCUGAAACAAGUGGAGCUGUGUUGGGUCAACACGUCUUGAUGUCUUGAAAAGUGUUGAACUUCCACAUUUUUCUUUGGUGUUCUGGAAUGAAGCUGCCUUUACCUAAAAGCCACUUAAUAUAAAGACAGAUAGGACAUCGGGAUCUGUAGUUGUCUUGGAAGUAUCUGGAGAAUAGUCUUCUGCAAAAACUGUAUAGCCACUAAAAAUACUUGUUAAAGUGUUCCAUAACAAAGAAAACUACUUGUGACAGCUAGUUUUAGACACUCCCUUAAUACCUUUUGUUCCAGUCCUUAUUUCCUUAUUUAUUUACUUUUUUUGACUAGCCUAAACUCAGUCCUAAAGCCAUCUCAAUUCAGAAGGAAAAAAAACCAACAAAUACCCAGCUGUAAUACCAAUUUCUACCAGUUUCUUCCUGCAUAUUAAGAACAACAGACGUGCUCACUAAAUCAAGGCUGACAUAGGGAACACUUCUCAGGGUAGCUGGUGAUCUUUACUGCCUAACAGUUGAGAGUCAAGUUGGCCAUGCCUUCCUUCUGCCUCCAAGCUCCAGAUUUUGGAGCUGCCUUCUGGGUGCAUUGCAAAUGAGAGCCCUGAGCGUUAUUGCUCUCCCUUUAAAAUUCCAGCUGCGUGCUCUGCACCUGCCUGGAUGUUGUUCCCCUAUCCAAUUCGCAGCUUCUGCUGUUCCUGCACAUCUGAAAUACGUGAUCACUACUCAGAGAAGGGUUCAGAAGGGACUAUUUUCCCCAUAAUAGACUAUACAUAAAACACGCUUAAAGGUUAUGCAAUUUUGUAACAUAAUAAUUAUAUAUUGAGCUAAAUAAUAGAGAAGCAAAGAGGGUUGUUUUUUUUUUUUUUGAUCUAAUUGCCUGCCUGCUCUAGUCUCUUGGAAACUGCAGGCAUCUGAGGAAAAUGGGUAACCAGCUGUGACAGCUAACAAAAGGCAGAAAAUUCCCUCCGAGCUGGCAUUUCAUCCCCGACUCGUGUUUCAGGACUGAUUCCACCCCAGUGCAUGCACCUUGGCUUCGUGGCAGUGUGGAUCUUAACGAGAAUCCCCUGGUGUCAUCCUGAGCAGCGGCAGCAGGUUGUCCCACCCCCUGGUUCCUCUGCCACGCUUCGCCUUGUGCUCACAGCAAGCAGCAGGAGCUGGAGGGCUGAGUUAACUCACAACCAGUAGCCUCUGUGCCACGUUGCAGUCCUGCAGGGUGUUGCGUGAGGUGGAAUUGAGACAAGAUCUCUCCUGGGAGUCCUCUCCUGGGUUCUCAGACCUGUAGCAGGCCACUCGCACAGUCUGUUUGCCUUUUCAUUCCCAGCGUUUUCCAGUUUCAAGCCUGGUGGCUACUGGUGGAGCAGCGCCCCUUCUUUCCUUACCCGUACGCCCACCGUAUUUAUUCACUUUGAUCAGCUUGCUUCUUGUUAGCCCGCUGCACUCGCCCCGUGGAGUCAGUGACACGCUGCUUGCAGUCACCCGUGUCUUUCUGAGCAUCGUGGCAGUGCCCAGCUCUGCCUCAGCAGCUGAGCUGCCCGUGUCUACUCUUUUUGCACCCCCGUAAUAAGCUGGACAUCGAGGGGCCCCUUCUCCAAGCUCUGGGGUCAGUCAAGGCGGGGACACUGCCAUUUACCCCCCCAAAAAAAGGGAAAAAGAACUAACUUGCACAGCUUUCACGAACAUAAAGGGAAUAUGUACCUUCAAUAUAUUGAUUGUAUCGAUCUAACUCCUGAAUGUGGCGACCUGGUUAAGUGCACGGCAUCCACGUUGCAUACGAUGUAACUUAAAUUGCACUGUACGACGUUACCGGCCUCUGUCUGCUUCUCUCAAGCCUUGGAAAGGUUCCUACAGGUUCCUCUAUGGGGGAAGGUGUCUGUAGCAGCACUCCUUUUGUAACUGUGGCACUGAAUAGCAUGGCGUGAUGUCUGCUAUAUAGAUUUCGUACGAGUUAACAGCUAAGUGACGAGUGCACUCCUGUCCAAACAUCUGGAAUUGUUCAUUGGCCUUGGCUGCUGCGUCAGUUUUCGUUUUAAAACAAAAUGAGUAACAGGGCUGGGAGUUUUGUGCUAUUGUUAGAUGUAUGCUGUAUGUGUACAGAAUCCUAGCUGCUGUGGUAUUGAAUAUAUUGCAAAACAAACAAGAAAAAAAAAAGUAAAACUUGAGGAAAAAUCACAAUGGCUGAAAUUGCUCAGCCAUUUGAGGGCAGAAAACCAGAUACGAAGUGGCUGUAAACUUUGCUGUAGAUAUGUUGAGAACAUAGUAGACUUGUCUGUUCAAAUUAAAACCUUGAAGACUCUAAAAUUCUUUAA